UCCAAGGUUUUGUGCAAUUGAAUCCAUAUUAAGCGUCAGAGCAGUGAUGAAUUUAUUGAUUGACAGACGACGAAGAUUGGGACAAAAAGCGAUGGAAUCUAGGAAUUCAACAACGGAAGGUUUUUGGAAAACGAAAAACAAGGCAAAGGGAAAUAAAUAUAUGGAAGAAACCCCUGGCACUGGAUCACUUGAAGAACAAGAACUGACGAUGAGUAAUUCUUCAGAUGGUGGUUAUUACAAUAUCGCAUCAGUCAAUUCCUGCAUUCGGGUUGAUGAUCUUCAGAGGAUAAUUGCGGAAAAGAAUCGUAAAGAAAACAACAUAUUCGCUGAAGAAUAUAAGAGAUUACCGACGAAAAACACUGAGAUUUGUGGAACAGCGCAGAGACCUGAGAAUGUGUUAAAGAAUCGCUUCAAAACAAUCUUUCUUUAUGAACACUCGAGAGUCGUCCUGGAGGAGAAAUGGAAUCCGUCUGACAACGACUACAUCAAUGCAAGCUAUAUCAAGGAUAAUGACGGGAACGCACGAUUUAUAGCUGCACAGGGUCCUAAAAAGACUACGAUUAAAGAUUUUUGGAGAAUGAUGUGGCAGGGAAAUAUCAAAACGGUUGUGAUGCUGACAAAUAUUGUUGAAAACGGAAAGAAUAAAUGUAGCAGAUACUGGCCAGAUAAAGACCAGCCCCUUUGUAUCGGCCCGUGUACAGUAACUCUGUCCGAGGAAGUUGUGUACUCUUUCUAUGUUGUUCGAAGACUCUGUGUUCAGAACAAGGAGGCCCUUCGUAAGCGCACCAUCACACAGUACCAUUACACAGCCUGGCCUGACCACGGGACCCCAGAAGAAGUCAGUCUCAUUCAAUUUCACAGAGCUGUGCUAAAAACACACCAGCGAAGGUCACCGUUACUCGUCCAUUGUAGUGCCGGUGUUGGAAGGACGGGGACAUUCAUUGCAUUGGACACACUGCUGGAAGAAGGACGGAAAUCUGGAGAAGUUAACGUGUUGGAGUUUGUGAAAUCGAUGAGGGAGGACCGCAUGACUAUGGUUCAAACAGUUGAACAAUACGUCUUUCUGCACAAAGCUUUGUUGGACGGCUUACAAGGAUCCUGCACUGCGAUAUCAGAGAGUGAUUUCCAAAUCAAAGUCAAGAACAUGCUGGAAGAGACCUCCGCUCUGAAUCAACGACAGCUGUACUGUGAAUUUAAGAAAUUAUUGACAUUAAAGCCUGCCUAUGACGAUGAGGAGAAAGAAGAUUCUAAAACACCCGAAAACCUCAAGAAAAACGUAUCCAUUGAUAUCUUGCCCGUUUCAAAGCAUCGUCCCUAUCUAGCAACGUAUGUAAAAGGCCGGAACGACUACAUCAAUGCUGUGAUAGUGCCAUCUUUCACAAACCCCAUAGGAUUCAUAAUUACCCAAAAGCCUCUUGUGGACACGGAAGUGGACCUGUGGCGGAUGUGCAUGGACCACGAGACUGACGGAAUUGUGGUUCUCAAUAAUAAAGACGAGGAGAAAACGUGGAUCCCGUAUAGAGGGUCAUCCCGGACUGUACCGCCAUUCAACAUUACAGCAAAGGACAUAGGGAGCACGAUGAAUGGCAUGAUACAAGGUGUCCUUGGAGUGUCUGAUCAAGAUCGACACAGGUCCAUAGACACAUUUCAGCUUCCUGCCAAGGACGACAAAUCGAUUCUGAAAGGAAUAGAACUGUUACUGGAUAAAACCAAGUCCUCGACAUACAGAACAAUCGUAAUGAGCACGUACGUCACUGAUGAGUACAGGCGUUGCUACGGCCUGUUGAUGACGUUGUUGGAAGCUCAAGGAAUAUAUGCAAAUCUAUAG